CAUACAUGCUUUAUGGCGGUAAUUUUAAAAACUUCUCUUAUCGCCGGAAUUUUAUGAUUUUUGUAUUGUAUUUACAUUGGAUACACAAAAGCUAUUUAAAGAUAAUAAAGAUAACGAAAUGUAAAUUGUUUUAUCUUUUUUAUUAGAUGACUAGUUUUUACGUGCGAAAAUACUGGAUAGACUUGAAUACUAUGGUGUUGUAAUUGUUUUAUACUUUAUUUAUUCAUGGAAAACAAAUAAAUAAAGAAAAUGACCGAAGAUAAAAAAAAAAUGGUGAAAUGUAUCGUGGUGGGAGACGGGUUUGUUGGAAAAACUGUCCUAUUAACAAGGAUAAGCAAAAAAGUAUUUAAAGAUUCCUAUGCACCCACAAUAUUUGAUAAUACGGCUAUAACUCAAGUUUAUAAUGGAAAAACAUAUGAUCUUCAUUUAAUUGAUACUGCAGGUCAGGAAGAUUAUAAAGCAAUUAGAACGCAGGCAUUCAGCGAUGUUAACGUGUUUUUAGUUUGUUUUUCCAUCGAAAAUUCGACAUCUUUUGAAAAUGUUAAAUCAAGCUGGCUAAGUGAAAUUCGACAAUUCGCUGGCAUAAAAGAUGCUGGUUUAAUAUUGGUUGGGACCAAAAGUGACCUGAGAAAUGACGCGGAAACAAUCGAUAGAAUGAACAUGAGCAAGGAAAAUUUUGUGCCGGAAGAAGCGGCCAAAAGUUUGGCCAAGGAAGAAAAAAUGACUUACAUUGAAUGUUCCGCAAAAACAAGUGAAAAUACCGAUAAAUUAAGAGAGUUAAUUUUCGAAACUUACGAUAAAUACGAAAAACAACAAAAUAGUUGGAUGGGAUUUCCCUAUUGUUCUUAUUUUAAAAGGGUUCUAUGUUGUAGAAGCGUCGAAAACUCCGAAACGCCAAAAUUAAGCCAGCAAUCGGCUUCCGGGUGUGCAAGACGCAAGAAUGACGCUGGGUUGCACAAAAAUGGCAGCAAAACUGAUAAAAAUACAUCCGCAUACAUUAAAAGUGUACAGGAGGAAGUCAAAAUGCAAACCAUUAAGUGUGUUGUGGUAGGCGACGGUGCCGUGGGUAAAACUUGCUUGCUAAUUAGUUAUACAACCAACAAAUUUCCUUCGGAAUACGUUCCGACCGUGUUUGAUAACUAUGCCGUGACUGUUAUGAUUGGUGGGGAACCUUACACCCUGGGACUUUUUGAUACAGCCGGUCAAGAGGAUUACGAUAGGCUACGUCCUUUGAGCUACCCUCAAACUGAUGUCUUCUUAGUGUGCUUUUCCGUUGUUAGUCCGUCCUCAUUUGAAAACGUCAAAGAAAAGUGGGUUCCAGAAAUAACGCAUCAUUGUCAAAAAACGCCUUUCCUCUUAGUAGGAACGCAGGUGGAUUUAAGAGACGAUGGCGCCACCAUAGAAAAGCUAGCUAAAAACAAGCAAAAACCGAUAUCGAUAGAACAGGGUGAAAAACUAGCGAAAGAGUUAAAAGCAGUUAAAUACGUUGAGUGUUCAGCAUUGACGCAAAAAGGUCUUAAAAACGUGUUUGAUGAGGCCAUUUUGGCCGCUUUGGAACCGCCAGAACCAGUGAAGCGUAAAAAGUGCGUAAUCCUUUAAGUCUUAAAAUUUUUCAAAAAACAACAAAAACGAGUUGAAGUAUUCUAAAAAAAGUAUGACGAAGACUAAAUUUUUUCUAUUUAUUUUUAUUAAUCUAACAGGCUUCCUAUUAUUGCAGUUUUGUAUUUUGUGACUAAUCCUUGUCAAUCUACAAAAAUCUUAAAAGAACUUUUUAUGGUUUUUAGCAUAUGGUGUAGACUGGGCCAAAAAAAUUGACUAUUUUUUUUUUUGAAAAAUAUAUCGAGAAUGUUAUUCGGAAUGACAAAAAAAAAUUU